GGGGAUUUCUCCAACUCUCUCUCUCUCUCUCUCUCUGUGCAUUGCCUGGCGGCCUGCGUUAUCAUGGAUAAGGCGAUCCCUUGCGGGAGCAAAAUAUGCACCAAGAGAAUCAAGGCGAGAGAGCAACAGUUGCAUCGAGAUCGAAUCCGGAAUAUGAAGUCUCAAGUCGAUACUGGCAUGCCCACCGUUGCUCAGCUGGAACAUGUCAAGGUCAACCUGAAAAAGGAACAGAUGAUGGAGGACCGGUAUACUGAGAUUGAUCGGGAUAAUCGGAUCCUGCUCAAAAAGAUGACAGAGAUCAUGAAGCAGCAGAACAACUUCCCGCCAGUGGAGAAGAAAACUACCGGCCCUACAAGCCUGAACAAAGACUCCAGAAGGAAAGAGCUACUGCGCAUAACUCGCGAGAAUCAGUCCAUCUUGAAGCGAAUCCAACAGGCUCAGCCGGUGUACAAUCACGUCGAGUGGGAAGACCAACAUCGUAAGAACGUGACCUAUUUGAAGAACAAGUGCGAGUUUCCGGUGGUCCUAAGGACACCUCGCCGCGAGAGGUAUGCGUCUAGCGAGCUGGUCAACUUGGAGGAAGAUGGGUCGGCGACUUCAAGAUCAGCACCAGCUACCAGCAGAGUUCCCCCCAAGGAUCUUGCGGAAGGAGCAAACCAGAAGUAUGUCUUGAAGGAAGGCAUGAAACUCAGCGACACGUACUACCUGGUUGACAUGUCAACCGAUGGUCGCAAUCUCUUUAUCUCUGCGUAUGACAACGGCUCCUCCACAACGCUGGAGCUUGUGAUCAAGGAGAAACUUCAUCGACAGUUGUACCGUGAGACUAACGGUGACUACCGCCAAAUGGCAGACCGGUUGAAGGUCUCGAAGGAUGGCAAGCUCUUGCUGGACGGUGAGGAGGCGGGAGUAGAGGAGCUGGAUGCGGCCGCCAUGGUGCGAAGCACCAACAAAAGCCCGCACACGGCUCGUUGAGCCUGUGCUCGGUGAAGAGGUGGAGCCUUUGAUUGGGAGAGCUCCAACUGGUGUUUUACCACUUCCGUUGAUCUUGAUGUGCUCGAGAGUCUUGCGUAGCCAGUGUCUUAGGGCAGGAAUAUGGACCGCAAAACUGCCAGGUCCAUUUAAUUGCAAAUGGGGCUGGGGCUUGCAAAAUGGCGAGCCCGCUCCAGCCACGGCAGUGCAAGCUUAUUGAUCAGCCGUUACCGGAUAGAGACACACGGCACUCAGCAGUGCAGC